GUAGCGAAGGGCUGGAGGCUAACACCGAGCUCCCCCGAGCCUCCCUGGAGCAGGGAGGGCUCCGCUACCUCGGGGGGCCCUCCCCGCGGGCAGAUGAGAACCCCUGCCUGACUGGAUAGUUGUCUGGCCAGCUGUGGGGCCAGCUGCCUGCUCCCCUCUCCAAGGUGACCAAACUCCUUCCCCCUCCCUGUAACUGGCCCAAUGCAUGAGCUACGGCAAUAGAAGCCAGUGUCCAGGCCCUGGGAGCCGAGGCUGGGGCCACCCAAGCACUCCAUCCUCUUGACUCUCCAUAAACGAUUGGACUCAUAACACAGUCCAUACUUGAGAACAUGGGGCUUGGAAUAAGAACAGGAAGGAGAGGACGGAGAAGGUCGGUUUCCCUCUCCUAGAUGCUCUGUAAUUGGAGGAAGAUUCCUGGCAGAGAUGUAGAGAUGCAAGUAGCAGAGAAGACAGGACCGAACCAAACCUGAGCAGAAUGCCUUGGAAUAUUUUAGUGGAUAAACCAAAUGACCAAUCUUCAAGGUGGUCUUCAGAGAGCAACUAUCCUCCCCAGUACUUGGUUCUGAAGCUUGAAAGGCCUGCUAUAGUCCAGAAUAUCACAUUUGGAAAAUACGAGAAAACGCAUGUCUGUAAUUUGAAGAAAUUUAAAGUCUUUGGUGGAAUGAAUGAAGAAAAUAUGACAGAGCUGUUGUCCAGUGGCUUAAAGAAUGAUUAUAACAAAGAAACAUUCACCUUGAAGCAUAAAAUUGAUGAACAGAUGUUUCCUUGUCGAUUCAUCAAAAUAGUUCCACUCUUAUCCUGGGGACCCAGCUUUAACUUUAGCAUCUGGUAUGUUGAACUUAGUGGCAUUGAUGAUCCCGAUGUAGUACAACCUUGUCUCAACUGGUACAGCAAGUACCGUGAACAGGAAGCCAUUCGUCUUUGCCUAAAACACUUUAGACAACACAAUUAUACAGAAGCCUUUGAAUCACUACAAAAGAAAACCAAGAUUGCCCUGGAACAUCCUAUGUUAACAGAUCUGCAUGAUAAACUGGUGUUGAAGGGUGAUUUUGAUGCUUGUGAAGAGCUGAUUGAAAAAGCUGUAAAUGAUGGAUUGUUCAAUCAGUACAUCAGUCAACAGGAAUAUAAGCCACGAUGGAGUCAGAUCAUUCCAAAAAGCACCAAAGGUGAUGGAGAAGAUAACCGACCAGGAAUGAGAGGAGGCCAUCAGAUGGUUAUUGAUGUUCAAACAGAGACCGUUUAUUUGUUUGGUGGCUGGGAUGGAACACAAGAUCUUGCUGACUUCUGGGCGUACAGUGUGAAGGAGAACCAGUGGACAUGUAUCUCUAGAGACACUGAGAAAGAGAAUGGUCCCAGUGCCAGAUCAUGUCAUAAAAUGUGCAUUGACAUUCAACGAAGGCAAAUCUACACAUUGGGCCGUUAUUUGGAUUCCUCUGUGAGGAACAGCAAAUCUCUGAAGAGUGACUUUUAUCGUUAUGACAUUGACACUAACACAUGGAUGUUACUCAGUGAGGAUACUGCUGCUGAUGGAGGGCCGAAAUUGGUGUUUGAUCAUCAGAAAAAUCGUUGCUUAUAUGUAUUUGGUGGCCAGCGAUCGAAGACCUAUUUGAAUGAUUUCUUUAGUUAUGAUGUGGACUCUGAUCAUGUAGACAUAAUAUCAGAUGGCACCAAGAAAGACUCUGGAAUGGUUCCAAUGACAGGAUUCACACAGAGAGCAACCAUUGAUCCAGAACUGAAUGAAAUACAUGUCUUAUCUGGACUCAGCAAGGACAAGGAAAAGAGGGAAGAGAAUGUCAGAAAUUCAUUCUGGAUUUAUGACAUAGUGAGGAAUAGUUGGUCUUGUGUCUAUAAAAAUGAUCAAGCUGCAAAGGAUAAUCCAAGUAAAAGUCUUCAAGAAGAAGAACCCUGUCCAAGAUUUGCCCAUCAGCUUGUAUAUGAUGAGUUACACAAGGUUCAUUACUUAUUUGGUGGGAAUCCAGGAAAAUCUUGCUCCCCAAAAAUGAGAUUAGAUGACUUCUGGUCACUGAAGUUGUGUAGGCCUUCAAAAGAUUACUUACUGAGGCAUUGCAAGUACCUCAUAAGAAAACACAGGUUUGAAGAAAAGGCCCAAAUGGAUCCUCUUAGUGCUCUGAAAUAUUUACAAAACGAUCUUUAUAUAACUGUGGAUCAUUCAGACCCAGAAGAGACAAAAGAGUUUCAGCUCCUUGCUUCAGCUCUAUUCAAAUCUGGUUCAGAUUUUACAACUCUAGGCUUUUCAGAUGUGGAUCAUACCUAUGCUCAAAGAACUCAGCUCUUUGACACCUUAGUAAAUUUCUUUCCUGACAGCAUGACUCCUCCUAAAGGCAACCUGGUGGACCUCAUCACACUGUAACUGACGAGUCACUGGACAGAAAUGGAGACCAGGAAUCUGCUUUCAGUAUUCUGGAUUUCAACUCCACUGACCGACAGGCCGCAGUGACUGAGGACUGCACCAGAAUCCCGAAGGGAUCUUUACCAUCACAAGUUCUAACCCUCUUUCUUCAUACCUGACCUCAGCCCCAUUCUCCUCAUCCCAUUCCUCAGUUAAGUUAAUAAUAAAGUGAAAUUGGUAUACUUUCCAUUUAAAUAUAUAUAUAUUUUU